AUGAUACGAUUAUUGUAUCAUACAAAUUAUUAUAUUAUUCUGUUUAUUAUCAAUUUUCUAUUAUGUCAUGGAGAUUUUAUGGAUUUAAUCAGUGAAUCAAUUUGUGCAGCUAAAUGUUUGAAAGCAUUUACAAAUUCUUUGAAUGAACAAGAUAAAUCAUUUUUAAUACAACGUCCUGAUCUAACUCAACCACAUUGUAUAAAUCAAGAAAAUAAAUGUGCAUUAUGCCUCGAAAUAUGUAAAUGGCCAAGAAGUCAAACCAUAGACUGUUCUGUUUCAUGUCAGAAAUACACUUCCAUGUCAAAUUCAAAUGAAAUAAGUAACUCUAUGUCAACAGUAUUAUCAUCCGCGUCAUCAUCAUCAUCACUGUCCAUAUCAUCCCACUCCUUGUCAUCUUCCUCAUCGUCAUCUUCAGUCCCUGUGCUUGAAUCACAAAAUAUUAAAUCUACAUGUUUAGAAUCAUGUUAUACAGCUCAACAAGUUUACAGUCAAUCAGAUCAAUUAAAAAAUAAUCCAAAUAAUGCCAUUUGUCCUCGUUUAAAUACAUGGCCAGAAUCAUGUGAAUAUACGUGUAAACAUAAUGCUGAUUGUAUACCGUAUGGUUAUACUAAAUGUUGUCAAACGUUGAAAUGUUUCGAAAAAUUACAACAGAAAAGAUUAGUUAAUUAUAUUAAAAAUGUUACGAAAAUUGGUGUAUGCAGUCAAGGUGUUUAUGAUCCUCAAACUGUUCCACCAGUACCUGGGAAACCAAUUGUUAAACAAGUUGAAAAUCCUAUUCAUUUACAUUCAAAUGGUAAAUUCUAUACACAUUUAGAUCGUUCCAAUAUUUUAUCAAAUGCACAACAUAAUCAAUUAGAAUUAGAUUGGCCAAAUUAUUAUAAUUUAUCAAUUAAUGAGCAUAAUCCAAUUGUAUUUCUUAUUCAACUUCGAAUGUAUUCAACUGUACAAACGUUAAAUUCCCCUUUACAUAAAUCUAUUAAUAGUGUAUCAUUUUUACCAUUGAAUAAUUUCAUUGAGUCAUCACAACCAAAUGAAUAUCUAUUUGACAAAUGGACAAACUUAAUUUGGACUACAAAACUCGGGGCAGUUCUAUCUGAUCUCAAUCCAGGAACAUGGUAUCAGUUUCGUUUAUUAGCUAUUUCAAGUGAAGGUUUUGGAGGAUGGGGUGAACCGAGUGAGCCUAUUCGUACACAAGUUCAAUUAAUUCCACCAUCUCGACCUCGAAAUCUCACGGAAAUACGAUCAAGAAUUUUCGAAAAUCAUGUAGAUAGUACAAUUCAUUGGGAUAUUCCAGAAGAAAUAAUGUUCCCGCUCAAAAAGUACCAGAUAAUAUGGCGUCAAUACUAUGCAUUUAAUGGAGAAGACAGAAGUUCAUUAACGGAAUACACAGCAAAUGUACCUGGGGAUAAAACAGUGUACUUAAUACAAAAUCUUAAACCAGGAACGACGUAUAAGAUUGAAGUAAAAGCGGUGUCACUUUUUGAAGGAAUAGAAAUGAAAAGUCAUCCGGCUACACUUUAUAUAUCUACAAUACAAAUUCCAUCACAACAAACAGAAGCAGUAUUUACAACUUCCAUAUCAACAAAUGAAAGCUGUAUGUGCGGGGAUUCAAAGCGAGAUUAUUUAUCAGUUACUGAUCAAUAUUAUGAAAACCAACAACUAAAUGUGAUCUUAUCGUUGAAUGUAAAGAUAAAUAGAGAACAGUUUAAUUUAACUACUCCAAUAGCAAAUAUCAUUUACAUGAUUGAAUGGAUGCCAAGAGUUUGUAUUGAAACACAAAACCAAACAAAUACAGAAUUUAUUGGAACACGGAGAAAAAGAAUAGCAGAAUAUGAACUAAGAAAUAUACUUUUAACUGAUUUGCAAUUUCAAUGUCAUUAUGAAGCUAGUGUAUUUAUUACGCUAAAUCAUCAUAAUAAAACUGGUAGUAUCAGUAUGAAUGAUCAUUUAACAAAUAACAGAUCCCCUAUCUUAUUUAAAUGGACUACUUGUUUUUGUACACCAGCAUGUCAAAAUGUUGUGAUUAGAGAUGGUGUAACUCCGAAACAUUGUUAUCUUCAAACUUCUUCAUCAAUACUUCAACCAGUUGAAUUAACAUACACUUUAUUAACUAAUGAAAAAUCGAUGGAUCUACGUCGUUUACAACAGAAUCAAAUGGAUGAAUUCCUUGUUGUGGCUGAAGCCAAUGGACCAUAUUUAUCCAAACAAACAAAUAUAAAAUCGAGUUUAGACACUGUUAACUACACUGCUAUUGUCACAUGGCAUCCUGUUACAUCUACUGGACAUUCAAAAAGUGAAUCAAGACGUUCAUCGAGAACACUAAAAAAUCGUACACCAAGUAUAAAAACUACGAAUCCAGAAAUACGUGGUGUUCGAUUAACUUGGGGUCCAAGAUUAUAUGAACCAAUAGAAUAUGAAGUGUACAGUAAUAUUAUUCAACCUCUUAUGGAUCCAGAAAAAACUCAGUCUAAAGUUUUAGAUUUAAAUGUCCCCGGUCUUCAGCUUAAAGGACUCAAACAAGAAACACUAUACAUUGUUCAAGCUCAAAUGAUUAGCGAAAAAGAAGAUGGACCAAUUUCAACUAUUUAUUUCAUGACACCAACUAACAAGAAUAAUGCACUACGCAAUUAUCAGUCUGUUCAUGAAAAGAAUAUAAACCUUAUAUGUAUCAUUAUUCUACUUCAAUUCAUCUACAAUAUUGUAUAA